AUGUUAUAUGUACUCGAUUUUAAUAACAGAUUACGUUUACAUUUAAUUGAUACACCUGAUAUUGGUGACGUGCGAGGAAUCCAUCAAGAUGUGAAAAUUAUGGAUCAGAUGCUGACUGACAUCAAUAAUUUAUGUCAUUUAAAUGCUAUUUGUUUAUUACUCAAAUCAAAUGCUUCUCGAUUAAAUGUUUUUUGUCGUUCAUGUGUUAAUCAACUAUUAAUUUAUUUAACAUCAAUUGGUUAUAAUAAUAUUAUUUUUUGUUUUACAAAUGCUCGAAGAACUUCCUGUGCAUCAUGUGACAUUGAUAUAUCUAUGCUAACUCGACCUCUUAUAGAAACAUACGUUUAA